AGGCGGCAGGAGAGGAGGAAGACGUAAUGGUUUGACUCUGCUUGUGUGUACGUGUGCACUUGCGAUGAUCGCGGUUCCCGCAUUAGUCUGCAGAAUCCUCAAACGGGAGGCAAAAUGAAGGCGGGGGCCUCGUCCAUGUGGGCGUCAUGCUGCGGGCUGCUGAACGAGGUGAUGGGCACGGGCACGGUCCGAGCGCAGCAACCCGGCUUCGGCGCCGGGGCCGGGCCUUUCCGCUUCGCCCCGAGCGCGGGGUACUCAACGUACCCUCCCGCCAGCUCGGGGAGCGCCGGGCAACUGUGCAAAGCCUGCGGACUGGCGUUUUCCGUCUUCAGGCGCAAGCACGUGUGCUGCGACUGCAAGAAGAGUUUCUGCGCGCUGUGCUCGGUGCUGCAGGAAAACCUGCGCUGCUGCGCCACCUGCCACCUGUUGCGGGGCACCGCCUUCCAGAGGCCGCGCCUCAUGCAGCUGCGCGUCAAGGACCUACGGCAGUACCUGCUCCUGCGCAACAUCCCCACCGACACUUGCAGGGAAAAGGAGGACCUGGUGGACCUGGUGCUGUGCCACCGGGGGACCAGGGAGGCGCCCCGACCCGUCUCGCUGCUGGAGGAGGAAGACGAGGGGGACGGAGACACGGCCGAGGAGCAGGCGGAGGAAGACGACGACGACACGGACAGCCUCGGCUCACGCGCCGCCUCCCCGCCCUCCCCCGCCGGCUCGGCUUCCGAGCGCUCGCUCGGAUCCGCCUCUCAGGGAGUCGUGCUCAGCACAAGUGACAGCUCAGGGACCCCAAGCCAGUUUUCCCCCCAGGAGCCGGAGGACACGUCCACCGCCUCGCUGCUCGACCUGGCGCAGACGGCGAGCGCCGCGGCGGAGGCCAGCCCGGCGACGCAGAGGAGGAUCCGCGCCUCCCUGUCAGACCUGGACAACGAGGACGCUAUCGAGAGGCUGUCGGUGCGCCAGCUGAAGGAAAUCCUCGCCAGGAACUUCGUCAACUACUCGGGCUGCUGCGAGAAGUGGGAGCUGCUGGAGCGCGUGCAUCGCCUCUACAGGGAAAACGAGCACAACAGGAAGUCAAUGGAAAAUGUGAGCAUUACUGCAGUGGUUGCAUAUCCUCCACCUCUGUGCAACAGUGCCAUUGGAGACGGCGCGAAAACCCAGCUGGCCUCGGACGAGAACCUGUGCCGCAUCUGCAUGGACGCCAUCAUCGACUGCGUUCUGUUGGAGUGCGGCCACAUGGUGACCUGCACCAAAUGCGGCAAAAGGAUGAACGAGUGCCCCAUCUGCAGGCAGUAUGUGGUGCGGGCCGUGCACGUCUUCAAGUCCUAAAAAUAUUAGAAAUUAGGAAAAAAAAAAAAAUUGCCGCCAGAGACCCUUGAAAAUGGCGAGAGCGGCUCGGACCGGCGGUUUUCUGUGGGACGCGACGGUGGUUCGAGUCGCCGCGGUUUACAAGACUGUCGACCGCUGUCGGUCGAUCACAUGUGCAAUAUCGUUCAAAAAAAAAAAAAAAAAAGAGACUUGUGUUGUUUUUUUUUUUUAUGACUGUAGAAAAUGUCUUCUGGUUCUAGUAUAACAGCACAUCUUAUGUUAGCAGAAGAUGCCAAAUAACAUGCCUCUACUCUCAUACCUUUAAAUUUGCUUUGCGUAACCAGCAAGCUUGGGAAAUGACUGUUCGUAUUCAACGAGAACCGCAGGAAGAAGUUUAAAAUAAGGGUUUUUUGUUUAGUUAGACGUAGCGGUGCUGGCAGCGGUUAGAUUAUAUCAUAAUUUCCUUUAGAUGUUGAUUCAGUAACUUUUUUUUUUUCUAAGCCAAAAAUUCAAACACUGUAACUGCUAAAUAAAUAGCUGGCUAUCGGACAUUGUGAAAUUUCCUUAAGUACUUUGACUUCUCCCAGUUCAGGGUGUAGUCCGCCUUUCCCCCCGAACCUAACUGGGAUUGGCUCCAGCUUUCCCGCAACCCUUGCGAGGAUAAGCGGCUAGGAUAAUGACUUUUACGUCUCCUAAAGUUAUCGGAUAACAUUAAUUACGGCUGAAACAAACGAACAAUUUACAAUAUUAAGAAUAUUCAAA